UUGUUUAUACUGAAAUUGAAACGCAGCAAGUCAGGAGCUGAUUAUUUUAUUUUAUAUUCCCACUUCGGGAUUCAGCAUUAAAUUAACGUAAUAAAAUUCGAAUGACAAACAAACGAAGGAAGUCUAACAAGGCGAAACGCAAACCGAAUCUAUUCAAGUGCCGCGCCCGCAGUCUUGAUCAACUGAAGAGAUGGGAGUAUCUGCGCUUUCAGUCCGCCCUCAAUGCGGCUGCCAAUUUGCACAAGGAGCUACAGUCCACUGCCAGACCGAGUGACGAUCAACUGGGCAUCGAUCAGAGCCUCUUAGAGAACCGCUUUACCUGCGCCUGUCUGAUGCUCACACUAAUGCUCAUUAGCUUUAUGCAAGGCACCUACUCCGCCAUAAGAAGAAAAUUGGGACUCAAGGCAAAGCCUCAAACCGGAUAGACGAACAUGGCUAUAGACGAAUAUGGCCAUAUGUACUUUAUGGGGCCUGCCAGGCCUUCUUCGACCCGUUACAAAAUGAAAACCGAAAUUUACAUUUUUAAUGGGUGCAGCAUAAAUAUAUAA